CAAAGAUCUACCGACCAAAGUUCCAUUCCUCACACAUGGAAGAUACGCCUCGCGUUCGGUGGAAAGAAGCGCAGAAGGAAGAUACCAAAUAGAACCGCUGCAGUGGCAGCCGCGGAUCCUUUGGGAUUGCUUUCUACUUUUUGGUCUUUCGAAUUCCUUCUUGUUGUCGCCACCUUCCCUUCCUGCCUAUAUAGCAACACCAGGGCCCAAGGGACAGCAGAACAAGACCAAGGCCAAGACCGCUCCCUCCCCGAGGAGAAGAUGUUGAGGCUCCCUUCUCUCCCUCUCCUCCCUCUCUUGAUCCUCUCCUUUCUCUUCCCGGUUCUCUCUUACAAUCAGCGCCAGGUCUACAUCGUGUACCUGGGAGAGCACAGUGGAACCAAGACCACCCAAGAAAUCCAAGGGGACCACCAUUCUCUCCUGCUCUCUGUUAAGAAUAGUGAGGCAGAGACACGGGAAUCUCUUCUCUACAGCUACAAGAACAGCAUCAAUGGAUUUGCUGCAUUGCUCUCCGAUGAGGAAGCUACAAAGCUUUCGGAGAUGGAUGAAGUACUUUCGACUUUUCGAAGCGAGGGGAGACGGUCACCGCACACGACUAGAUCUUGGGAGUUUAUAGGUUAUGAAGAGGGACUAAAAGGUUCGGAGAGGGAUUGGUUGCGCUCCAAAGCGGAGUAUGGCAAAAAAGUCAUCGUGGGCAUGUUGGAUUCUGGUAUUUGGCCAGAGUCCGAAAGUUUCAGCGACGAAGGGAUGGGACCCAUCCCUAAACAUUGGAAGGGAAUCUGUGAAGAAGGAGACGCCUUCAAUUCAUCCCACUGCAAUAAGAAGCUGAUCGGCGCACGGUAUUACGUCAAGGCCUAUGAAGCCUACCACGGCCCCCUCAACACAACAUACGCCUUCCGCUCCCCAAGGGACAACGACGGCCAUGGGACUCACACAGCCUCCACCGUCGCCGGCCGGGUGGUCCGCCGUGCCUCCGCCCUCGGCGGCUUCGCAUGUGGGACUGCCUCCGGCGGCGCCCCGCUAGCCCGCCUCGCCGUCUACAAGGUGUGCUGGCCAAUCCCAGGUCCCAACCCGAACAUCGAGAACACGUGCUUCGACGCCGACAUGCUCGCCGCCAUCGACGAUGCCAUCGGCGACGGCGUCCACAUCCUCAGCAUCUCCAUCGGGGCGGUCGGCACGCCGCCGGUGUACUCGGAGGAUGGGAUCGCCCUUGGGGCGCUGCAUGCGGCCAAGCACGGCAUUGUGGUGUCAUGCAGCGGUGGGAAUUCUGGGCCGACGCCGGCCACCGUGUCCAACCUUGCACCAUGGAUGAUAACAGUCGCUGCGAGCAGCAUCGACCGGGCCUUUGAUUCUCCCAUCUUGCUCGGUAACGGCACGACGAUGAAGGGCCAAACCGUGACACCAUAUAAGCUGAAGGGCAAUGAGCUCUAUCCUUUAGUUUAUGCCGGCGACGCCGUAGUUCCAGGCACUCCGAGCAAUGUCUCCGGGCAAUGUCUUCCGAAUACUCUUUCGGCGAAGAAGGUGAGAGGAAAGAUAGUGCUGUGCCUGAGAGGGAGUGGUCUAAGGGCGGCUAAGGGAUUGGAGGUUAAGAGGGCAGGGGGAGCUGCCAUCAUAUUGGGGAAUGCUCCGCCUAAUGGGAAAGAGAUCCCUGUGGACUCUCACGUCCUGCCAGGGACCGCCGUGUCGUCAGAUGAUGCCAUCGCCAUUCUGAAAUAUAUCAACUCAACCAGGCGCCCGAGCGCGACGAUAGGCCGGGCCAGGACUAUUUUGGACGUGAGGCCAGCGCCGGUCAUGACGGCCUUCUCCUCUCGGGGACCAAAUCGUGUCGACCCAAAUAUUCUCAAGCCGGAUAUUACAGCACCAGGUUUGAACAUAUUGGCAGCAUGGAGUGAAUCAUCAUCACCUACAAAGCUUGAAGAUGAUCACAGGAGCGUCAAGUAUAACCUUCUUUCGGGGACGUCAAUGUCAUGCCCCCACGUUUCUGCAACUGCGACUCUCCUCAAGUCCAUGCACCCUUAUUGGAGCUCAGCUGCCAUCAGAUCCGCUAUCAUGACCACUGCCACGGUGAGAAACGCCAAGGGGGGCCUGAUAGCAAAUGCGGCCGGAGAAGAGGCAGGACCCCUGGAUUAUGGAUCGGGCCACGUGAGGCCCACCCACGCCUCGGACCCGGGCCUGGUCUACGAGGCCUCCUACAGAGACUACCUCCUCUUCGCGUGCUCCAGCAUUGGCGUUCAGAUGGACCCCACCUUCCCAUGUCCCAAGAGCCCACCAUCCACGUUCAAUCUCAACUAUCCAUCAGUCUCUGUCUCCAAUCUCAAUGGCUCCAUCGACGUCCAUAGAACUGUAACCAAUGUGGGCCAACAGAAGGCCUGGUACCGUGUUUCCGUUGUGGAGCCCAGUGGCGUUUCUGUGAAAAUCUCGCCAAAUAUUUUGAAGUUUGAAAGAGUGGGUGAGGAGAAGAGCUUUACAAUCAAACUCCAAGUAGAUGGGAGGAAAGGAGCAGGGAGUGGGGAGUAUGUGGCUGGUUCGUAUACGUGGAGUGAUGGGACCCAUGAUGUGAGAAGCCCUAUUGUAGUUUCUGUUGCCUAGCUUUUGUUUCUUUUCCUCCUCCCCAAGCCUUCUUCUAAUACCAGUUUUAAAACAGCUCGAGGAACGAAAUUUGCAUGAAGUAAAAAAAAAGGGAAAUGUUCUGAGACUUCAAAUAUAACACACAUUAUUGUUGGUGCUUCCUUUGAGAGCCCCACGAAACUCUCCCGUACGACUCUUCCCGCUGGGGGGUACUAUUGGGGGGUGGAUGGGGCAGGGACCAAGAUAGUCCCAUACUGCUUGAGAGCGGAAAGGGGUCGUGCUUGUAAGGCGCUUGUUCCCUUUUGGUAGCAGGACUAGAUCAUGCACCGGAGGGACAAAAUCGUGCAGGGGCGGAGUAUCUAUGCAGACCCCUCAGAACAGAUAAUACCUCAUGACGGAGGGCUGAUCUUCGUUUUUCAUAACCUCAACACAAUGUCUUUACAGUGUUCUAAGUUUUAAAUAAACUACUUUGGUUUCGGUUUUCGCUGAAUUGGACCGACAGAUUAUGUAUAGGUUUAAUAGGCCCGGAAGUGGUGAGGCUGGGCUGCAUGGCCGGACUGGGAAGAGUGAGUCCGCUAAAAGAGUCGCUUGUGUGGGGAAAUUGCAAACUUUGUACAUGCCAAAGGUGGCCGCAUCUUCCUCAUGUCAACCAUAAGGGCUGAAUGACAAAUAAUCCAACCUUCAUAUGCUAGCAUUUUCAUAUAUGAUGAAUUCUUGCUACAAGCAUAGGUCUAAAAUUAUAGUGGAUUGGAGCUUGUCUAAAUGGUAAUACCCUUUGAUUAGCAAUCAAAGUUUCUAGGUUUGAAUCUUGGAUGGUGCAUCCCCAUAUAUUUUGACUUGGGCAAAGGUGAAUAUCCCUCCCUCCCUCCC